AUGAGACACCUGGUUCAAGUCACUUUUAGAUGUACCAGAGCAAGACUUAAUUAUAGUUCUAUCACCCGUGUAGUCAGUAAUGUUUUUUUUGCAAACAAAUGCCAAUACAUGGCCCAGAGUACUACUCCACCAACAUCAGUUAAGGUUUUCGAAGGCUACGCUUUUGACAUGUUAGCCGUUUCUGUUCACACUUUGAAGCUAGCUUUAUCAAGGUUAAAGCAUUUAGCAUUGAAUUUUUUACAUAGCCUACAAGAAAUCCACCAAAGUGGGGCUAAUUACAAUCGCCAAAUUGUUUGGCCGCUUAUGACUUUGUCGGUAAAAGCAGCAGCGGUAACACAUCCCGCCACCAUCUUUUACCCUGGCGAGUUCCUAUUGGAUUCCGCUAAUGAGGAUUAUAAAGCUGAUGGUUAUCAAGCAUAUGGAGAUGGCAAUAGCUUCAUUAAAACCAUCAGGAAAGAUUAUUAUAAGUACUGUAACUAUAAUUGGGCUACUGUUAUACUGGCGAUACAAACUUGGGACAAAUCUUUAUAUAUACACAUAUUGACAUCCUGGUACUUUAUGGUACUUUAUCUAUGGUCUCGUGGCUAUACUAAGGCUGAAAGUUUUGCGCACUAA